AUGAAUGCUUUGUUCUGUGCUCUUGACAAGAAUAAGUUCAACAGGGUGUCAACGGCUACAUCUGCAUAUGACAUUUGGUACACACUUGAGGUAACUCAUGAAGGCACAAAUAAGGUUAAAGAAUCUAAAAUUUUUGUUCUUGUACACAAACUCGAAUUAUUUAGAAUGAAGGAAAACGAGACCAUUGGAGAGAUAUUUAUAAGGUUUAUCGAUAUCACCAAUUCUCUCAUUGGUCUUGAAAAAGUAUACACUCAAGUAGAGAUGGUGCGGAAGAUACUUUGUUCACUUACUCCACAUUGGGAAAAGAAAGUUACCGCUAUAAAGGAAGCACAUGACUUAUCAACUGAAGAUAGAAACAAUGAGGAUGAAUCAAAGAACAAGAAAGUGUAG